CUCUGACGUGAUGGUAGUAACGCUCUGGUCUCCGUGCCUGUCCACUGACGCGAUGUGCCUCUGAAACUUUCUUGUGGAAUUGAUCUCAAAUAGUUGAAUAAGUCCUGAACCUCAUUGCCACGAUGAGGUUCCUAGUGGCUUCAAGCUUCUGUUUAUGCGUAUGGCUACAUUACGCAGUGGCAUUUACUUACAAUGCGCCUAAUAAUUGUGAGUGGUCGUUUAGAAAUCCUUCCAAGCAGGAUGUUUCUUUGGUGUGUAAUUUGAGAACCAUCAGCAGUGAUUUAGACAGCAGUAGCUUGAGUUUAUCUCAAACUGAUCAUACUAAGCAACUCAGUAUAUUAUGCAGUGAUGUGCUAUUCUUUCAGUCUUCUCUACAGUCGAGAAUCUUUCAACGACUUUACAACUUAGACAAGUUGUCCUUGGAGUACUGUAAAUUGUCCAGCCUCCCGAGUGGAACAUUCCUGGGACUAGAUGCUUUGAAGUAUCUAGCCGUUACGACCCAUAACAGCGAUUGGUCUGGCAUGGCUCUUGAGCUCGACUCAGAAAGCCUUGUUGGAAUGCCGCAUUUGGAAAGUCUUCAGUUGGGCAGAAAUAACAUCUGGACGUUGCCAGAGCGGGUAUUUUGUCCUCUGCCCGCACUACGGCACCUGAACCUGACAUGGAAUCGCCUGCAGGAUGUUUCUGAAGUUGGAGUAACUGGUGGUUGUGGAGCGCAUCUUAUUACGCUCGAUCUUUCUGGUAAUGACCUGGUGAUGCUGCCCGAGGCUGGGCUAGCCGGACUCGAGUCCCUCAAAGAAUUGUACCUACAGUACAACGAAAUUUCUAUGAUGGCCGAUGGGUCUCUGGUAGGCCUGAACAGCCUUAACGUUUUGAACAUGUCCAGUAAUCGACUUGUGGCCUUACCUCCUGAAAUUUUCAACGAAACCUUGGCACUUCAACAACUCUACCUGCAGAACAACAGCCUCAGUGUUCUUGCUCCUGGCCUUUUUUCGAGCCUUACCGAACUCACCCUCCUUGAUCUUUCCCACAAUCAGCUUACUUCUGAGUGGGUUACCAGUGAGACUUUCAAAGGACUAAUUCGUUUGUUUGUUUUAAAUUUGAGCAACAACAAAGUAAAUCACGUUAGUGCAGAUAUGUUUAAUGAUAUGCCAGCGCUUCAAGUCCUGGACCUGAGUAACAAUGACUUGACUAGCAUCAGUGAUCUUACGUUCUCAUCGCUUGUCAACCUUCAUCGUCUCGAUUUAAGUUACAAUCGUUUGGCUACAUUGAAAAGUAGAUCAUUGGCUGGCCUUCACGUCUUGUCAUCUCUAUCCUUGUCUCACAAUAAUCUUUCUUCAAUAGCGCCAACGGCUCUAGAAAAUUGCACUAGCCUUAGAAACCUGAGAAUUGAAUACAAUUUCCUGAAGGAAAUACCUGAAGCUGUAAGCCAGGCAACCUCUCUUCGGACUCUUCGUCUCAGUCAUAAUCAUUUGACCGAAAUCUCCGAAGGAUUUCUGACAAAACUGAAGAAUCUGCAGCACCUCGACCUGUCGAACAAUGUCAUCCGGACGCUGUGCAAAGAAUGUUUGAGCGGUCUCAGUGAAGUAGAAGUGUUAGACCUAUCGAUGAACGAGCUGACUGCUAUUCCUCAUAAUUCUUUUGACACAAAUCAAGGUUUGAAAAUAAUGCGAUUAGAUGGAAACAAAAUUGGUGAUGUUAAUGCUUUGUUCGCUGCUCUGCCUAACCUCAUGUGGUUAAAUGUUUCUGAUAAUCGUAUUACUUGGUUUGAUUAUGCCUUAAUCCCCGCUCAGUUGGAGUACUUGGAUCUUCAGCACAACCGCAUCACCGAGCUUGGUAAUUAUUAUACCAUUCAAAAAGAGCUUCAGCUGAAAACCCUUGAUGCAUCUCAUAACUUCAUUGAAAAGCUGGGGCCCACAUCUGUUCCUGACAGUAUUCAAUUCAUGUUUGUGAAUAGUAAUCGCAUAACAGAGAUUGCAUCGGGCACUUUUUCUGAUAAAGUUAACAUUUCCAUGGUGGACCUCUUUGACAAUUUACUAACUAAAAUAGAGUUGACUUCCAUUCAUUUGUCACAUGUCCCAGAGGAACGUGAACUUCCACAAUUCUACGUGGGUGGUAAUCCUAUUUUCUGCGACUGUAAUAUGGAGUGGAUGCACCGGGUGCAUCAAAUCAGUGCAAGGCGUCAGCAUCCUCGUGUUAUGGACCUCGAUAAAGUGACGUGUACUCUUCCAUAUCCAAGAUCAAACGAGAACAGAAUUUCAUUUCUUGAGACCAAACCCUCGCAGUUUUUGUGCCCUUACUCCUCGCACUGUUUCGCGUUGUGCCAGUGUUGUGACUUCAUUGCCUGUGAUUGUCAAAUGACGUGUCCAACUGGAUGCUCUUGUUACCAUGACGACACAUGGGCUACCAACAUUGUUGAUUGUUCAGCUCGCGGUCAUCAUCAAUUACCUGAUGAUAUUCCAAUGGAUGCAACCGUUGUCUACAUGGAUGCCAACGAAAUGAAUAUCUUGGAUGCACAUCACCUAAUUGGAAGGAAGAACUUGCGUAAGCUCUUCCUGAACGAAUCAAGAAUCGAAAGUAUUGAAAAUCGUACUUUCCAUGGGUUGUCAUCUCUCAGAGAGCUACAUUUGCAUGAUAAUUACUUAGUUAAUCUUGUUGGUUACGAAUUCGAAUUCCUUGAUCAUUUGCAGUUUUUAAAUUUACAAAAUAAUAGGUUAAGAUCAAUUAAUAAUCGCACCUUUGCUGGAUUAGCAGCUCUGGAAGUGCUGAUGCUCCAAGGUAACUUCAUUGUCGACUUUCCUGUUUGGAACUUGAAAGCCAACAAAGGACUGCGAGAAGUUGGACUUGCUAAUAAUCUGUGGUCGUGUGACUGUCGCUACCUUGUCGAUUUUAAAAAUUGGCUCAUUCGGCAGGGUGAAGCCGCGAUCGAUUCUAAGUCUCUAUUUUGCGUUUCCAAUGCCACUGGAGAACCUGGACCUUACAUUCUAGAAACUUCCUACUCUUGUGAGAAUUUUGUUGCGACUUCUAUAGUCCAGGAAAAAAUUCACAAUGACUUCUUACAGCCAAUUCUUAUCACAUUAGGAAUUUUUUUCGUGUUGUUUGUAAUAUGUGCUAUUUUCAUCAUUCUUAGAGUUCGGUUUCAAAAAGUUGUGAGCAAAAAAUGUGGCCUGAAACUUUUUCCUCCCGAGCCUGCCGCCAUUCCGAAAGAAGACGACAAAGCUAUAAUCUACGAUGCUUUUGUCAGCCACAGUGACUUGGACGCAAAGUUUGUCAAUGACACAAUAUCCAGAGAGUUGGAAAAUGCCGAGCCUCCGUAUAAACUGAUCUUAUCCUCUCGUGAUUAUGAAACAGUUGGGAACUACGUAGGAGAUUUUAUUGUGCAUUCCAUAGAGGCUAGCAGAAAAACUGUUCUCAUUAUCUCGAAGAAUUUCCUUGAUAACGAUUGGUGUAAAUUUUCUUUCAAAGCUGCUCAUCUAGAGGCGUUGAAAGCCUUCAAAAGCAGGAUAGUCGUUAUAAUGAUCGGCAACGUAUCUGAAAAUGAUUUUGAUUCUGAUUUAGCAUUAGUUGUUAAAGGCGCUCCUAGUUUACAUUUUGAAGAUAAAGAUUUUUGGAACAAAUUGCACGCUGCACUGCCUGCAUCUCCUACAAAAGCCACAGCUCCUGACUGCUUCAUAAACGAGACCAAUUAUGUUACUAGGAAUACCAUGCCAGGGCUCACUCCUUCUCACAGCAUUAAAACUAAUCCAUUGGUGCCCAGUAUGGUCUUGAACAGCACAAAUUUAAAGAACACUACUUCUCUUCCUCACCAUCAUUUACAUCAUCAUCACCACCAUCACCAUCACGUACCCCAACAGCGAAGUAGUACCAUCCUCCACCAACAUCAACAGCAGACUUCCAUAGGGAGUGACCCUGGUGAUUUGGAUAAGACGUUUGCUAGUGGCGAGACGGCGCAGUCCAGCCUUGCACCUAGCCUCUCCCCUAGCGUAGCUCCCAGUCUUAGUCAUUCCUAUAUGUCCAUCGAUUAUGCUACGGCAUCUGCUGCAAGAUCAUCUCAUAUUUAUGCUUCUAUAGACGAUUCCAUAAAUCCAAACCCACAUUUUCCACCUACUUCGGUUGCGGCAGUCCACGCCCGUGGUCAUUAUCAGCCUCUUCAUCAACCCCUUCACCAGCAGUUGCAACCUGUCAGCAUUAGGAGGGCUCCCAUCUCUCAGUAUCCUGGCAUCAAUAAUGCUGAACUUUCUCGAGAGCUUUUGCAGAAUAGUCCCCAACAUUUUCCACCUAAUAGUUUUAUCCACAAUAAUCAUAGAAAUCCUAAUAUUCAAUACCCUAAUCAAAGACCGGACUUGCCUGCAUCAUAUUUCAUCUGAAUAUUCACUUCCUUCCAAUGGCUGUUUGUUACUUGAACUCUAUGUUUUUAGAGACGUAAUACAUUUUCUUAUUUAUUCGAUAUUUUGACGUAAUACAGACUUAUAAUUUGCGUCUUGUUACCUAGUCUUUGUAAAUAAACUUAUUGGUAAUUUAGGAGGCAUACGCAUACUUAUUAUUACACAUAAUAACUAUUUACUUACGACUUAUGCGGUUGAGGUAUUAAACUUUUGUGAUGUAUCAAGAUGUUUAUAUUUACAUCUUGAUCUCAAUACAUUGUAAAUGGUCUUAUUUACUUGCAACACUUGCAGUUCUGGAAUUGAAGUUGAAAGCGCCUGAUAUCUUAAUGUUCUUAUCGCUGCGUUUCAAGAACCUGGCAAUUCAUACCUUAGCGGAGGUUUACUAUCAUGAAAUAUUUAUAUUUAAAUUCGUUAUACUUGAAUUCUUUCAGUUAAUUGAUCAUCUGACAUGGUAAAAUUUGCCUUUUGUUGUUAAACGUUGACUCGCUCUAAUUAACACCGCAGUUUGGUUUUAAAUCUAAUUUGUCUUGAAGCUAAUCCUUUAAUAAUUCGAAUGUCUAGUCAGAAGAAAAGUUGUCAAAAGAUAGUGGCGCAUUUACGUAAAGGGCACAAUGUUAUCUGGACAAUUUUCUUGGCUAAAGUUUGGAGCUUUGCAGCCUGGUGAAAGUAGCAUAAUGUGCCUUAGAUUCUAAUGUAAUUAUAUACGGUACCUAUACAUAAAUGUAUUAACUGGUCUGUUUCAAAUACUGUUGGUGCACUCUUGAGCGAUGUGUCUUAUCAUUCUAAAUUGUAUGGUAAUCACCAUAUACUUUUUAGCAUCAACUACAAACGGGAUUUGAGUGCAACCUACCGUACUUUUUUCAUUUCAUGUUCAUUGCAAUUGCUCUAGCAUUUUUUUCUUUGCUUAAACCAAGUAGGUAAAAUGAAUUCACUUGAAUAUUGAUUUUAUUUCAGUUAGAUUCUUUUUAAAAUUUUCCAUACAAUAACUUCUAGUAUAGGUAUUUCAUGGAACUUUUCCAAGCUCACGUGUAUUUGUUACUCGUUGCACCUAAAAUUCGAAAACCAUUAUGUUACAUUGUCUUGUAAGUGGCUGAAUUUUAGCAAAUGUCCAAUGUUUUUUGGUAAAAUUUGUUUGAUGAAUAUAAUUUAAAGAUUCACUUAGUCACUAAUGUACGUUUUAUAUUGUUCUCUUCUAUUUAAUGAUUGAAAGAUCCCAUGUGUCAAUGUAGUCGUUAUUCAGCUGAUUGAUCGCCUGAACUAUAGAACUUUUUCCCUUGCAAGAGAACUUCAAAGGAAUUCUAGGGAAUCUAACUUUAUGUUUUUUUUUUUU